AUGGCUCCCGUACAAUUCUGGUCGACCCCUGGUCUCUACGUCAAGUGGGCUGCCCGCAACAAGCCCGCCAUCUUCUGGUCCAUUGUCGUCGGCAGCGUCGGUCCCGUCAUGGCUCUCGUCGUCCCUCCCAUGCGCGCUCGUUUCGGCGACGGUCCUCGUCCUCAGAUCCCUCUGACCUANCCCGACACAUGGCUCGAUUGCGCCUUAAUCAUCCCGACUAACACACCAUUCACAGUACCCAAGGGCCCUCGCAACCCUCCUUCCGGCUACGAAGACUAA